GCUUGAAGCUUCAAUUCCAAAACCCAUUAAACCAGUGACCAAUUAUCGUCCUUAUUUCAGAAGAAAGAAACAAACCCAGAACCCAACAAUGCUCAACAGUCUCUCAAGUCUCUGCCUUUAUCGUCCUCUGCGCACUGCACUCUUCUUCUCCACCCACAACUUGCUAAGCACUCCCAUAUCAUCUAAUACUUCACUUCGUAUUUGUUCAUGCUCUUCCUCCAGUUCCACCCAGGUCCAGAUUGCACCAGCUAAGGUGGAGCAGCAUGAGGAGCAGAGCAUUGAUGUGCCUAAAGUUGAAGUCUUGAAGCAGAAAUUGGAGCUUCUUGGGAUUAACUGUGAUAGUUCUUGUGUGCCUGGACAUUAUAGUAAUGUGCUGUGUCCAAAGUGCAAUGGUGGGAAGUCACUGGAGAGGAGCUUGUCUCUUUACAUUGUCGAAAAAGGGGAUUUAGCAAGGUGGAGGUGUUUUCGAACUGAUUGUAAUUGGGCAGACAAGGUGUUUUUAGAAGGCAAAGCAGGACACGAUGAGGUGAAGAAUAAGAUAGAGUUUCAGCCGUUUAGGCAAAUGACAGUGGAAGGCCUCAGGCUAGUACCAAUAGGAGAAAAGAUAACAGCCUACUUCAGUGAGCGGCAUAUAUCUCAGAAAACUUUGUGGAGAAAUGCCGUAAUGAAACUCUCUAAUGACGUGCAACGUUCUAAGGAGGAUGUCAUUGCAUUUACUUAUAGACACAACGGAAUAAUUGUUGGUUGCAAGUACCGGACCCUAGAUAAACGAUUCUGGACGGAGAGGGGUUCAAAGAAGAUAUUAUAUGGAAUUGAUGAUAUAAAUGGUGCAACUGAAAUUAUCAUUGUUGAAGGUGAAAUAGAUAAGCUUUCUAUGGAGGAAGCUGGCUUCUUCAAUUGUGUGAGUGCUCCUGGGGGUGGAGCAGGAAAGAAUUCUCCUAUAUUGCCAUCUGCGGAAAAGGACACAACAUUUCAGUACCUGUGGAAUUGCAAACAUGAGUUGGAUAAGGUUUCUCGGAUAAUCCUGGCAACUGACAAUGAUGCAACAGGCCAAGCAUUGGCCAGAGCACUAGCACGUCGCCUUGGGACAGACAGAUGUUGGCAAGUGAGCUGGCCAAAGAAAGAUGAAUCUAGCUGUUUUAAAGAUGCUAAUGAGGUUCUCAAAUGUCUGGGACCUGAUGUUUUGAGAAAGAUAAUUGAAAGUGCAGAACCAUAUCAGCUAUGCAUCUCAGAGACAGACAAAGUAGAAUAAAGUUCAGACUUCAGAUCAAGUAAAUGCACAGAUGCAAACACUGGCUCAGUAGGCUCGUAGCGCACAUUAAUGAACUUGAAGGCUGUAUAGUUCUUCCCGUAUUUUGUGAUUCAUCGCAACAGGGGUUCCCUUUGAAUUAUUUGACAGAAGUAUAGAAGAGGUUAACAAUCAUUGCUUAGUAUGUAUAGGAAGGUGCUUGCUAUGGGUUAAAGUUAUGGGACACGA